GUGGCUUUGGACCUCUGGACUUCCUCCCCCCGGCAGGUUGUCUUUCCGCCGUACUUCGCUGGCCACCGAUUUUGAUCUGACAUCUGCUGCCAAGAUGCGCAGCGGCACAAUUCAGAGAACUGAUGCUGCUGCAGCUCCUGCUCCUGCUGCGGCUGGCGAUGAUCAGGCCUGCCACACAUCUUGCUGCCCGACCCCUUCCUCAUCUCACUCUUGCCCCCCCUCUCCACCUCCACUUCCCGCCCGCCCCCUCUGCGUCACCCGCAAGUGCAGGCUCCCACUGCCCUCCUCAUCUCUAUUGCUCAUCAUGCUGUACAGCACGGCGUCAGCUGCUGCCAGGGUGACAGAGACACACACAGCCUUUCAGCCAGGCGGACUUCUCCGCAGCCGACUGGCCAUCAGACCUUCACGAGCACAUCGCGCCGAGACCAGGAUGGCGGACGAACGGCGCGACGGCCAACCUCUGUCAGCGGGUGUGUCUAUCGGUGCCGCCCUUGCUGCCGCACUGCUGCCCUUCACCCCCCUCCCUGAGAGCCUGGCGGCCGCGAGCCCCCCUCCGGCCAUCGCGAGCGACGCCGGCAGCUCCAAGAGCACGGAGAUCCGCGGCCCUCUAGAGGAGCUGCUCCUGGGCACACUCCAGGCGCAGGCCGAUGUGGGGCCGUCAGAACUCAUCACACCCAUCACACGCGACUACGCUGCCCCGGCGGACCUGCAGCCCAGACGGCGGCUGCCAGUGGAGCAGAAGUAUGUGGAGCAGACCCAGCAGCCGGUGGACACCACCAAGCCUUCACGGACGGUGGAGCUGCUGGGCGGGCCGGGGGCGUCGCCCGGGCGGCUGAGCGAGUUUCAGCGGCAGUACAGCCUCUUCAAGGCGGGGCUGGAGGAAACGGCCAAAUUCGAUUUCAAGGAGGCCGAAGGUGAGCGGGAGGAGAGGGGUGUACAGGUGGCGAGGUGUGUGUUCAUCUCCGCGUGUGUGUGUGCGUACAGGCAUCUUCACCGAGAUCAUAGAUUCGUAUGAGACGCCCAAGGCCAAGGAGAGUGAGAGGGCCCGCUUCAUGCUGGCCAGGGCGUAUACGGACAGGGGCAACACACGGGUCUCACUCGGCGAGCUCAACAAAGCCCUUGUCGACUACUCAUGCGCAAGUGAGACACAAACACAAAGUCACAGCGAGCAGCCAGGACGAUGCCGGCUGACCGUACUCUCUCUGUGUCAUCAGUCGAGUACGCACCAGACGAGGCCGAUUUCUGGCUGAAUCGCGCGAUAGCGUGUGAGCAGAAGGCCGAGCAGUCCCUCACCUCCUCACUCCAAUUCGCCAACCAGGUACCUUAGUGUUCCUUGCUUGCAGCAAGGGGGUGUGGAGUGUGCUGUGUGCGUGUCCACAGUGGUACAAGGAGGCCCUCGAGGACUACGAACACGCCCUCGUCCUCAAGCCCAGCGACCCGCGGCUCUACGCCAACACCGGCGAGAUCCUGACCCUCCUUGAAGACUUUGACGCCGCUCUCGAGAAGUUCCGCCAGGCGUCGGCACUGGCGCCCUCCAAUGUGGCGUACAAGGCGCGCAUCGCUCUGCUCGACGCGCAGCUAGGCGACGUCCGACGAUCGCACUUCAUCAUCAACGACAUCGUGCGGCGCAGUCCCGACUACUGGGAGAUGGUUUUGGCCAAGUCGAUGCUGGACUGGAACGUCGGUCGGUUCGCCGAGGGUGCGUACCUGUACGACAUAUCUGUGCAGGAGAACCCGCUGCUGCUCGACGACCGGCACCUGGUGCGGGACCUCCGGUGGCCGCCCUACUUCGUGGAGGGGCUGAGGAACCUGCGCAUGGCCGGGGAGAAGAACCGGGCCCUGGAGAAGGUGCUCUUCUUCGAGACGCCGCAGGAAUUCUACUAGAGCUCUAGAGGGGAAUGUUGUGUUUUGUCUUGUUGAGGCAGAGAGGGGAGGGGGGAGGUAGGGAGGUGUCAAUAGAGGUCAGAUUGCGUCAUCCAUUGCGAUUGCGAUGACGUGUGUGAGUGUGAGGGUGUGACAAUCAGUGAACACAAUUGUGGGCUAUUGCUUUUGUGUUCUGUUGUGUUGUGUUACGGUGUGGAUGGAUGGGGGGGUGCAUGGGUGUUGGGGCAAUUUUGACUAGCUGGCUGAUCGUUCCUUGGUUAUGGCGGCCUGUCUGUCUGCCUGUCUGUCUGUCUGUGUGGUUAGCUGGGCGACUCACCCACUCACUCACUGGCUGGCUGUCGUGUGCCUGCUGUAGAUAGCGUAGCGAGGAUUGACGGACCGAUUCACCACCUGGCUGGAUCCAACUUACCUGAGACAGACUCGUUUUGUGCAUACCCACCUACUCACUCGAUGGCCCGUCUCUCUCCCUCUCGCUCUUCCUCUCCCCUUCUCACUCACUGCGCAGUCGAUCGCCUCACGUGUUAUGUUGGUUGCGUGUGUGUGUUUCAUUCCUUCCUUGGCUUUUGCCGUCCACCCAGCUAGCCAGCUAGCUAGCUACCUAUUGCUGCCUGCCUUCCCGCCUUCCUUGCUCUGUAUCUGUAGCAUAGCACAUCAUCUCAUCAACAAGAAAGACAUGCAUGGUUUCCUUCUGUCUUUCCGUGCGUCUUUCUGGUACAUCGAUGUCGAAUUGCCUGUCGGUCGGUCGGUCGGCUGGUCAUCAAUGAGAGGGCAGAUGAGGAGAGAGAGAGAGAGAGAGAGAGAGGAACGCAGUGAGUGUGCUGUGCGCCCUGUUUUUUUGGCGAGCACGAGAUGGAUUGAGAGAGC